GCCGGGACCUCAAAGCCAAAAAGCAUCGAUUUUAACAUCGCUGACAGUGCGCGAGGUGAUUAAGUGGGCCUCCAGUGUCCGCCUCGCAGGGCUGCUGGGACACGCAAGGCCGCACGUACACAACAGCCAAAACCACAGAGGUGCCUGACGCCGCCGCCGUGCGCUGCAGCUUGACAAGCGAUGUUCAAAAAGCGCAGCGCCCGAGCCGGCGGCGCGCGCAAGACGACGCCCAAAGUCCAAGCUAGCAACGCGACGAGUGCCCCCUCGCUCCUCUCGUUCGGCGCCGACGACGACGAGGGCCCGACCUUCGAGGUGAAAAAGCGCAAGCUCAAACAAAAAAAGAAAAGGAAGGAGGACCCAGCGCCCGCGCCCGCGCCGCAACCCUCGGCAGACUACAGCGCGGCGGGCCUCGCGGCGCUCCGCGGCGCGCAGACGGCCCUGCCCGCGGAGCUCCUCGCGGAGUCGUCAAAGCGCGCGGCGGAAGAGGCCGCCCAGCAUGAAGCAGCGGAGGAGCCCGCCGAGGACACCGCCGCGCGCGCGCGCAAGGCGCGCGUCGCGCGGGCCUCGUCGCGCGCGGCGACGGAGGAGCUCGACCGCACCGUUAAUGUAGAGGACUUCGACGCGCGAAAUCUUUCGGAUGACGACGCGUCCGACGAUGGGUUGGGCGGCCGCGCUACUGCUCAAGAUUUCGUGCCCGUGCCGGGCCGGGCGAACCAUAGCAUCGCGGCGCGGCUCCAGGACGAAGAGCGGCGGCGCUGGCUCCAGGCCGGCGCCGACGCGGGAGAUGUGGAUGCGCCGGCGGCGCCGGGCGGGGCCAUGGACGCGGCGCUGCGGAAGGCGGGGGGUUUACACGAGGACGACGAUGAAUUGGAAGCGCACGAGGCCGAGGUCGCGCGGCGCGGCGCGUCCACCAAGGCCGUCGCGGGGGCGGUUCUUCCAGAAGCGGCGCCGCGGCGGCGGCCGACGACGUAUCAAGACGUCUACGCGACGGUGGCGACGCGCGCCGACGAGCUCGAGAUUGGUGAAGGCGAGUGGGAGCCGCGGCGGAGACUGAAAGAGGCCUGCGACCACGCGAGGGCCGAGGCCGCGCAGGCGGAACGCCAGGUCGAGGCGCGGCGCGCGGCCCUGCAGGCCUGGGAGGGCAGCGUAUCAGCGGCGGCGGCCGACGAGGCGGCCGCUUCUAAAGCCAUCGCCGACCUCGACAAAGCCAAACGCGUCGUCGAGGAGGCCGAGGCCGCCUGCGGCGCGGCGCCCGACGACAUGGGCCUGGCGCGGUUACGGGCCGCGUUGGCCGAGGCGGCGUCCGUCGUCGCGACGGCGGCGUCUGAUGAUGGCGCGGCGCCGCCCGACUUUUUUGCGGUGUACGCGAGCGAUGCUCCUCCUCCAGCUCCUGAAGUUGCAGCGCCUCCGCGGGCUGCGGCGACGGACUUCUUCUAG